AAGAAGAAGAAAGAGGAUAGAUCCAAUAGACAUGGUGGACAAGCUCGAUGUCGAGGGACUGCUCCGAGAGUCCAAGGCCGAGUACAGGCGGCUGGGCAAGAGCGGGCUCAAGGUGUCUGUGCCGAUUCUGGGGGCCAUGAGUAUUGGAAGUGCAAAGUGGCAGCCGUGGAUUAUUGAGGAGGAAGAGGCAUUGCCGCUGCUCAAGGCUGCGUAUGACCGCGGGGUUACGACUUGGGAUACUGCCAAUGUCUACUCCAACGGCGUGUCGGAAGAGAUUAUCGGCAAGGCCAUUAAGAAAUACGAACUACCGCGCGAGAAGCUUGUUAUUCUGACAAAGUGCUAUGCUCAUGUGGGCGAGGAUCCUGGACUGCGGACUAUGCACUAUUUCAAGGAGCUGCCGCAACUCAAAGACUAUGUCAACCAGGGCGGACUGUCGCGGCAGGCUAUUUUCAACGCUGUCAAUGCUUCGCUGAGGAGGCUCGACACCGACUACAUUGAUCUGUUGCAGAUCCACCGGUUCGAUCCCAACACGCCUAUCGAGGAGACGAUGGAGGCGCUGCAUGACCUGGUCAAGAGCGGCAAAGUACGGUAUAUUGGCGCCAGCUCCAUGUGGGCAGUGCAGUUUGCACAGAUGCAGUUUGCGGCCGAGAAGCGCGGUUGGACCAAGUUUGUGAGCAUGCAGAACCACUACAAUCUGCUGUACCGCGAGGAGGAGCGUGAAAUGAUCCGCUUUUGCAAUGAUACGGGCGUGGGCUUGAUUCCGUGGGCGCCUCUGUGCCGCGGUCAUCUUGCGCGUCCACCGUCCGCGAAUGGCUCGACGACGCGGUCCGAAGGCGAGCAAAAAGCCGGCAACCAGACGUCGGGCAACACGGAGCGCGACCGGCAGAUUAUCGGGCGCGUCGAGGAGCUGGCCAACAAGCACGCGUGGAAAAUGAGCCAUGUUGCGCUGGCGUGGAUCAACAAGCGCGUGGCGAGCCCCAUUAUCGGCUUCUCGAGCGUCGACCGCAUGGACGAGGCGCUGGCGGCGAGGGGCAAGGAGCUGAGCGACGAUGAGGAAAAGUAUCUCGAGGAGCUGUAUGAGCCCGUGCGGAUUGUGGGACAUUCGUAGAGAGAUGGAGGGAGAUCGUGCGACCAUGGCACGGGCUAUGUAUGUAUGAAUGUGUAUGUAGCCAUGAUGAUGAUACGAUGCGAGGCGGGCGACAACUGGAUACUUGGUCAAGCAUGGUCCAAUGGCAUCAUGGCACCCCCCGAAAUGAAGGCAUCGACUAUUGUUGUCACUAUAGUAACCUUGCAGUUGACCAAGU